GAAGGAGUUCGGGCUCGCGAUUGGCUGCUCGUCGUUGCAUUAAAGCGAAAACAUCUUGUGCUUGGAGUUGCUGUUGGGGCUGUGUAGUGAACGUCAAUGGAGUGCUAAAGUUAAACUUCCCGAAGGAUGUCUGUGGAGGCGGAGUCAUUGCUACAGGAGGUGAAGGAGUGUAUAGAAGCAGCUCAGAACUACAGGAGUGAGCUGCAGCAGAGACUCCAAGGACUCAGCCAGGCACGCAAACAGGUGCGAGGAAGCUCCACUCACACUCGCGAGGUUUUGAAAAGGCAUUUUCAGGAGCUCCAGACGACGCUGAGCCGCUUGCUAAAUGAGCGACUGAACACACUCCUACAGGAAGUGGACACCAUCGAGCAGGACAGCAUCAGUCCACUAGAUGACUGCCAGAAACUCAUUGAACAUGGUGUCAAAAUGGCCGAUGAGCUCCUGCGUGAAGGUGAAGCUGCGAUACGCUGCGGGAUCAGUGACCGAGAAGACAAACUGUGUAGCUUUGCUAAAAAAGCUCUUCACAUCCAACUGGACAGCCUCCCUGAGGUGCCAGCUCUGGUGGACGUGCCGUGCGUGUCGGCACAGUUGGACGACUCGUUGUUGUGCAUGAUGCAGGAGCGAGUGGUGCGUCACGGGAGUGUGUCGUCACACCCGCCUGUACAGAUAGAGGAGCUGGUUGAGAGAGCCGGUGGAGUGUUGGUGCGCUGGAGCAAGGUGGAUGAGGACUUCUUCCCUCAGGAGUACAGACUGCAGUACAGACGGAGUAGCUCCACUCACUACGAGGACGCCUACAUCGGGAGUGAGUGUGAGUUCCUGCUGUUACACCUGGACCCUCACACAGAUUACCUGUUCCGAGUGUGUGCGCGCGGCGAGGGACGCACCGAGUGGAGUCCAUGGAGCGUCCCACAGACCGGAUACACAACACUCACAGCACAUGAGUGGAGUGCUGGUGUGGACGGCUACAUUCUGAGCAGCAGGAAGAACAUGGCCCUGCGCAGUGACUCGUCGUCGUCAGGCCGCGCGUCUGUUCUUUACUCCAACUCGCCUUCGUACUUCUGCGGACAAACGCUCACCUUCAAGAUUACAGCAGCCGGGCAGAUGGAUAAGCCUGACAGUGUGGGUGUGUGCGUGGAUAAACGCAGCGAAUCAGAAUCUCUGCAGAGGGACCAGGCUGUCUGUAUCUCCACUAACGGUGCUGUGUUUGUUAACGGGAAAGAAAUGACCAAUCAGCUUCCUGCCGUCACCAUCGGUUCAGCCAUCACCUUCGACAUGGAAGUGGUCAGCGUUUUUCCCGGCAACAACAACAAUCCAAGUGAUGUGAGCAGCUUCAAGCUGCGGGUUACGAUUGGGUCAGGGAACAGGGAGGUGGUUUUUGAUUGGCUGCUCGACCAAGUUGUGGACUGCCUCUUUUUCGGCUGUUCCUUCACACACCCGGGCUGGAAAGUGCUGGUUUUCUGAUGUUUCGCUGAUGUGCUUUCGUUACAACUGUAUCUUGAUGUCAAAGCUGUUUACAGUGUUUAGUCACACAUACAAUUAAUCACAAAGUAGAGAUGUUUUUACAUUGCUGUCCAGCACUUAGCCACCAUGCUACAUUUUGAACUCCCCCUCACACACACACACAACCUUUUUAUUUGUAACACCAAGCACAUGAUUUAAGAUUUUUUUUUUUUUUUUUUUUUUUUUAAACCAUUUAUUGGUUAGGCUACUGUGUGACCUGUAGGAGUGACGCUUGAUUGAGCUGUAACAUUGAGUGGUUUGUCAUUGCCUGGAAUGUGAAGAAAGUUCUUGCCAGGUUAACUGAACAAUGAACAAGAACAAUGACAGAUGCGCUACGUACGUAACCUUUAUUUUGCCAUAGUUGCUAACAUCUUUCAGCUUUUAAGAUGUAACCGUUAGUGAGCCAACAGCUAAUGUUUUACCUGUAAUGCAGAAAAUGACCCUAAGGUGGCAAUCUCGCCAAAGUUACCACAAGAUAUGAUCGCUAGCUAGCUGUCCAAGCUAACCAGAGCCGCCUCCUUACGAAAUUUGGCGUGAUGACCUUGACACGCUGGUCAGCCAUGCCAUCCCCUAUAAUUGUAUCACGCCCAUGGCUACCUAGACUGUUUAUACGAAGGUACGUCAAUGAAGGUUUCACGCAGCCAACAUGUACGAGUAGAUGCCCAUUUAUUAAGCUACUAUCCUACUUGUCUGUUUCCUGGAAAGCUCACUUUCGACAGAGCUCAGCUCAGAUUACAAAACAAAAACCAAAAAUGAUCAGUUCUAGUUCGCUUCACUGAUGCUGAACAAAAGGGGUACGUAUACACCGUGUGCUUAUCCAAAGAUAUAACCAGCUUUCUAAUUUUGAACCGGGAUGCUCGUUUACUGUUUAAAAAUAAAUAAAUAAAAAAAUUAAUCCAUUUAAUUCAUCCAUUUAAAACUACAGAAGAAAAGAAUUUUAACGUAGACAAGAAUGCAAGAAUCAAAAGAUGGAUAUUAAGAAACGGUUCUAAAGAGAACUACGACUAAUAAAAAAAAAAAUGAACAAGGACCUUUUAUAUUCUGUUCAUCUGAAUAAGAAUUAAAGGUGAAAUGAAUUAUUUUUCACCGUUAUGGUUUGUGCCUGAAAAGAGUAAGUCAACGUUUGCACUCUUCUCUCAGUAACAGGUGUGUUUGAGGUUGUUUUUGUUUUGUUUUUUAUAGAUCAAAAAAGGUUGUGUAUGUGCAGACGUGAGUUGCAAAGCAUGCUGGUUUGCCACACAAGCUCAGAUGCAGAUCUUUGCGGUUGCUUCCACUUUUUCUCUCUCCCUCUUUCGCUCACUGCUUACUUUUUUUCCCCGGUGAGCUUCUGAAGUAAUAAUAAUUUUCUCCCCAUGCUAAUGCUAAUCUCUGGGAUCUGAAACUGGUGCAAAACAAAUGUGAAUGUUGUGUUGCUGUCGGUGGACUGUUGUUCUGUUGUCCCUAAUCUCUAUCUUACUAUUUAAAACAUUGUACACCUCCAUAUGUACAUACCAUUUUUGCAGCCUCGAUUUUACACUUGGGAAAUUAAGAACCGUUUUUUUUUUUUAAUGUGGAAAAAUGGUUUUCUUUUGCAUAGUGGCAUUGUUGAUUAGUGGUAAUUAAUUAGUGGUAAUUCACAGCAAAAAAAAACCCAGCAACAAAGUUUUCCUGACCACUUACUACAAACUGUGUUGUCCAAAAACGAAACGAACAAACUUGCUAAAUUACAAUCUUGCUAACGCGCUAGCUGAGAAAAGUACUGCGAUUCCAUUGGUCGUCAUUUUAUAUAAUGAGGAGUCUGAAGAAUUAAACCCGAUUUGAACACACUAGUCAGUGAGUCAGUAUUUGGGGGGGGGAUGUGUGUCGGUUGGACAGGGACCUCAGUUAUUUAAAAAACGUAUAAAAAGGUACUUGGAUUAUUAUGUUGUUGAACCAGACACGUACAGUAGCACCGUUUAGCAACCUGUGACGGUUCAGAAGAUUUGUAUCUUCUUUGUACCUCAUUUGUGUGUGUGCCUUCUGAAAACACCUGUUCGAGCACAGGAGAAUAUUUGCCAAUGAGUAAUAAACAAAUCAAUUCAA